GUAUCAAAUAACUCUAUGCUUUUGGAAGAAAUGACCUAGUAUUUUUGUGUCUGCUGGGAUUUGAACCUGAAACGUUAUGAUUCUUACUCACUUUAUUGACGACUAGACCACACCCUUGAUGCUUGUUGGACUAUAUGUUAAAGAUUUGGUUUUGGGCUUUCUUUAUUUGUGAUAAAUUAAUGUUUUUUUUUUUCUUUUAAUAACUGUGGUGUCUAGGCUAGCUUACCCGCAGCAGAUACCAGGUAACUCUAUCCAUCGAGGCUAGGAUAGAUUGGAAGAAAUGACCUAGUGUUUUUGUAUUUGUUGGGAUUUGAACCUGAGAUGUUAUGAUUCUUACUCACUUCAUUGACGACUAGGCCACACCCUUGGAUGUUUGUUGGACUAUAUGUUAAAGAUUUGAUUUUGGGAUUUCUUUAUUUGUGAUAAAUUAAUGUUUCUUUUUCUAAAUAACUUUGGUGUCCGGGUCAGCUUACGCGCAUCUCGACUAAUUCUACAUGAUAUCUGCCACCUCCUACCCGCAACAGGUAUUAGGUAACUCUAUCUAUCAAGACCAGGAUAGAUGGAAAGAAAUCACCUGGUGUUUUUGUAUCUGCUGGAAUUUGAACCUGAGAUGUUAUGAUUCUCACCUACUUCGUUGACGACUAGGCCACACCCUUGGAUGCUUGUUGGACUAAAUGUUAAAGAUUUGAUUUUGGGAUUCUUUUUAUUUGUGAUAAAUUAAUGUUUUUUUGUUAUGUUUAAGUGUUGAAGUAGUCCUGUAUUGUUUACAUUUCUUUUGAGCUGAGCGUCUACCGGAAACGGUCUCUUUACCCUGCAAAGGUUAAGGUAAGGUCUGCGUACAUCCUACUUGCUCAAGACCCCACUUGCAGGAUUACAUUAGAUAUGUUGUUGUUGUUGUUGAAGGGGAGCUAUGGAGUAACCACGAGGUCACGGGUUCAAGCCUUGGAAACAGCCUCUUGCAGAAAUGCAAGGUAAGGCUGUGUACAAAACACCUUUGUGGUGGGGCUCUUCCUCAGACCCUGCGCAUAGCGGGAGCUUUAGUUCGCUGGGCUGUCCUUUUAUGUUGUUGUUGUAAGUGCCGAGGGUCUAUCGGAAACAACCUCUCUACUUUUGCAGUAGGGGUAAGGUCUGCGUACAUUCUACGCUCCCAAAUGCCCACUUGUUGGAUUACAGUAGUUAUGUUGUUAUUGUUGCAAGUGUUGUAGUAGUUAAACAGGUAGAAUCUUUAUUGCUAUUUAUUAAUUCUUAUGGUCCCCCUACUUCUCCUACUCUAAGGGCCCUCAUGAGGGGUUGAUUUGGUUGUAUGAAAGGAGCAAUCUUUUUCAUAAUUUUUAGCUGCUGAGACGCUGAAUUAAUUUUGCAGCAUUGCCGGUGAUCGUUUGUACUCAAUUAGAGGAUGUUUGGACCAUGUAGUAGUUAGGAUUUAGAGAGAUUCUUUUAUCAAUUUUCUAGGACACGUAUGAAUUUGUGAAACCUUGAUUGAUUGCAACAAAGGAGUAAUCUGUUUAGUACUCUUUUAGCUGCUAAGACGCUGAAUUAGUUUUUCAGCAUUGUGGUGACCCUUUGACCUUUGUACUCAAUUUGAGGAUGUUUGAACUAGGAUACAGCAGAGUCGUGAAUAUGCGGUGGUUAGGAUUUAGAUAAGUUUCUUUUAUCGAUUUACUAGGACAUGUAAGAAUUUGUGAAUCCUUGAUUUGGUUGCUGCAAAGGAGCAAUCUUUCCAUACUUUUUAGCUGCCGAGAUGCUGAAUUAAUUUUUUAGCACUAUGGUGACCGUUUGUAUUUAAGUUGAGGAUGUUUGAAUCUAUGUUGCUCGGUCUCUUCAAAAGUGUAAUCUGGUGCUUGCCGGAUCCUUCAAAAAUAGUGCAUUUUUGGAGGAUCCGACACGGGUGCGGCAAUUUCAAAAGAGUCGGAGCAACUUAGGAUUGAACUAUGAUACAGCGGAGUCGUGAAUACAUAGUAGUUAAGAUUUAGAGAGAUUCUUUUAUUAAUUUAUUAGGGCAUGUACGAAGUUGUGAAACCUUGAUUUGGUUGCAGCAAAGGAGCAAUUAUUUUCAUAUUUUUAGCUGCUGAGAUGCACUAUAUUAAAUUUUCAAGAUUCUAGGUGAUCAUUUGGGACUGACGUGUUGUUAUUGUUGUUUUUCUGGGUGAUCAUUUGUACAACUAAAAGCUUAGUAGUGAUUUAUAAAUCUGGAACUGAAGAAAACACGAAAUGUGUUAGUAUCGUAGACGUUUUGCAUCUUAAAGCAUAGUGCCAAAAAGUAUAAACAGCUGUAUCUAAGUCGAGGAAUCAUGAAUUAUGGACUUUACUAUUUUGAGUUAUGUUGGAGAAGAUCUCACUUGAAAGGAAAGGUUAAAUUUUUCGGGAGUAUGUCAGUUACCAUCUGGAUGACUAUUUUAUGUUGUUGGUAUAAUCUUCUGUACGCUUUUAUUCCAUCAGCUGAUUGUUACGUAAAUGCAGAGCCUACAAUUUAUAAAUGGGUUCAAAAGCAGUUGAAGAUUUGUUAGAGGCGUCAUCCGGAGUACAUUAUUCCGGAUUUCAUUUAGAAGAGUCACAUACUUCAGAGAUUGAUCAACCAACAACUUCUAUAGAUGGAAGUGUUAAGCAACCGUUUGUCAUAGGAGUUGCUGGAGGUGCUGCAUCGGGCAAGACUACAGUUUGCGAUUUGAUUAUUGAUCAGCUUCACGAUCAGCGUGUUGUCCUAGUUAACCAGGAUUCUUUUUAUCACAAUUUGACUCUAGAAGAACUCACAAAAGUUCACGAGUACAACUUUGACCAUCCUGAUGCAUUUGACACUGAGCAACUGUUGUGUGUGAUGGAGAAAUUGAAGCAUGGGCAAGCUGUGGAUGUUCCAAAGUAUGAUUUUAAGAGUUACAAGAAUGACGUAUUCCCUCUUCGAAGGGUCAAUCCUUCGGAUGUUAUAAUUUUGGAAGGCAUACUCAUUUUUCAUGAUCCUCGUGUCCGAGAUCUGAUGAGUAUGAAGAUAUUUGUAGAUACAGAUGCUGAUGUACGCCUUGCAAGGAGGAUAAGACGAGACACUGUUGAAAAGAAUAGAGAUAUUGCUACAGUACUAGAUCAGUAUUCCAAGUUUGUCAAACCGGCUUUUGAUGACUUCAUUCUUCCAACAAAGAAGUAUGCUGACAUUAUCAUUCCCCGGGGUGGAGACAACCAUGUUGCGAUCGAUUUGAUUGUGCAACAUAUUAGGACGAAACUUGGUCAAAAUAAUCUUUGUAAAAUAUACCCUAACUUAUAUGUUAUUCAAUCUACUUUCCAGAUACGCGGCAUGCAUACACUUAUCCGCGAUGCACAGACGACAAAGCAUGAUUUUGUGUUUUAUGCUGAUAGAUUGAUUCGUUUGGUUGUUGAGCAUGGACUAGGACAUCUGCCAUUUACAGAAAAACAGGUGAUCACUCCAACCGGAUCGGUAUACAGUGGUGUAGAUUUCUGCAAGAGGUUAUGUGGUGUCUCUGUAAUUAGAAGUGGAGAGAGCAUGGAGAACGCGUUGCGUGCAUGUUGUAAAGGUAUCAAGAUAGGCAAGAUUCUUAUCCACAGAGAAGGUGACAACGGCCAGCAGCUGAUCUAUGAAAAACUACCAGAAGAUAUUGCACAAAGGCAUGUCCUUUUGUUAGAUCCUAUCCUUGGCACAGGGAAUUCAGCAGUUCAAGCUAUUUCUUUACUGUUAAAGAAGGGAGUCCCAGAGUCCAACAUUUUAUUCCUUAAUCUUAUCUCUGCGCCCCAAGGAGUACACGUGGUGUGUAAGCGUUUUCCAAGAAUAAAGAUUGUGACAUCUGAGAUAGAAAAUGGUUUGAACGAAGAAUUUCGUGUUAUCCCUGGAAUGGGAGAGUUUGGUGACAGGUAUUUCGGUACAGAUGAUGACUGAAACAUUGAAUAUUGGUGAUCGUGUUCCAUCUCUCCAUCGCGCGAGAGAGCUCAUGAUGAAUAUUGGUGGUCGUGUUCCAUCUCUGAAUCGCAGGAGAGAGCUCAUGAGGAAGAAAAGAGAGCCAGUUGAGGAUGAUUAAACAAUCAAUAAUGUGUUCAUAGCUUUGGACAUUUCAAAAUUUGUAUUCUGACUAUAGUUGCCUUAGAAAUGCAAUCUUCAAACUUAUUUUA